CUUCCAAAAAAUUWAAAAAUUGGUCCGCUUCCUUUUCCUUGACUUGUUGUCGGCAGUCAUUUUAUGUAUUUUUUUCCCCCUUUUAUCGUCUUUCCCUUUAAGAUGGAUGAAACGUUGUUACAUAUCUCAGUGAACAUUGCUUCAUGACAUCUCUAGGUGAAGAGUCAGCUGAUAGAAAUGUAAGGCUUUCGGUGAAGAUUACUCGGGUAUUUUCAUAGAAAGACUUUGAUUGAGCAGGUUCGGCGGCAGGAAGAGAAGAGGGAGAGAGCGAGAGGAGUGUUUCAUUGUAACAACCGAAGUCUAGCCUACAGUACGGUAACUACAGCGCUAUGGAUGUAGACGUGGUGAACAUGUUUGUCCUGGCGGGAGGAACUCUAGUCAUCCCUAUCCUGGCCUUCUUUGCCUCAUUCUACAUGUGGCCUGCUGCUAUCAUCCAUGUCUACAACUGGUACUGGCGUCGGCGGCUGGGCCUGCAGGUUGUCUACUCUGAGAACAGAGGCUACCGGUUCUGUUACUCCUACAGAGGGAAGCCUGGUCCAGGCCGCCCCUCUAUUCUCAUGCUCCACGGCUUUUCUGCUAACAAGGACAUGUGGCUGCCUGUGGCUAAG